AUGACCGACUACGCCCAAUUUUCGCAAUCCCAUCAUGGGCCAGCACCCACCCAGCAGCAGAUGCAACAGUUCGGUCAACAAUCCUCUCCAAUCCUCCCCUCUCAGGGUUACAACCAUGGCGGUGCGCCACACCCUCAACACCACCAGCAAAUGGGGUUUCCGCAACAACAAGCGUACAUGGCCGCUGGCAUGCAGAACCCUUACAUGGCAUCUCAACAGGCACAGCACCAGCAGGCUGCAGCGUUAGCCACGGCCGCUGCUGCUGGUCCGGCUGGAUACUAUGACCAGAAUGCUAUUCCCGGUCAACUCGCACAGGACCCGCGCGCAUCUCCACGUAUGUCGGUGUCUCAGAUGAAGGGCGACGGACGCGUAGCUCCUCGAUCUCCGACCAAUGUCUCCAAUGCGAUGAACAGUGCGCUUCCAUCUCAAGUGAUGACGCCGACUCAGAUGCAACAACAACGACGUAUGAGCACGCAGAUCAGCAGCCCCGCAAUGCAGCAACCCCAGCCUGUAAUGAACCACGGCGGGCCCAGGCCUUCAGUCCCUCCAAUGACCCAGCAACCCCAACACCAACAGUCACCAGAGCUCGUCGCCGGAGGAGCGCAGCCUGAGGAGGCGCCGCUCUACGUGAAUGCUAAACAGUUCCAUCGCAUCUUGAAGAGACGUCUCGCGAGGCAAAAGCUUGAGGAUGCGCUGAGGUUGACGUCCAAGGGACGAAAGCCAUACCUGCAUGAGUCCAGACACAAUCACGCCAUGCGCCGUCCCCGUGGUCCAGGUGGUCGCUUCUUGACGGCAGAAGAGGUGGCUGCAAUGGACAAUGCGGCUGCAAAAGGCGAGGGUGAAGAUGGCAACAAGGAGAACGCAUCCAUGCCUUCCAAGCCCGCCAGCUCUGGGCCAAAGCGCAAGGCAUCCGCGACGCAGCUCAAGGGAACACCAACUAUCAAGAAGAACAAGGCGGGUGCUGUGCAGCGUCACAGCACAAGUGAAGAGGACGAAGAAGAGGACGACGAUGAUGUUGAAGACGAGGGCUAG